AUGAUGUUCCGGUCGAUGGACGAAGUAUUCGCGGCGAUUCCCAUCUCAGCCAAGCCCGACUAUAUUGCCGCUCGAGAUGUCAUUCACCAUGUACUAUCCCUUCUCCGGUUAGUUUCACUUCAUAUGCUCGAGUCAUUUUCAGGUUGGCAGGGCGAUGACUCUGCAGCCGAUAUGUCAGCAAAUAACCUGAAACAUUGGAUGGAAAACGAUGCACCUAGCGCUAGGAAAUGUCUGUGGCAUGCUGUAUGUGUUUACAGCACAUUGAAAGCCAAGCAGAAAUUUGCCUGCCAUGAUCCUCUCUUUUUCCUGAUUUCUUUCUUCUAUAUAUGGGCAUUUGAUACACUUGUGGUCGCUCCUGACCUCGAAAAACCGCAAGCUUCAACCAACGAAAUUCGCUUGUUAGACACCAGGGAAAUUCAAAUGUGGAUCGCUGAAGGCCCGAAUACUCGGCUCAACCUGGUUGGAGUCGGCAAUCUGACGGGCAAGGCUAGCGCGUUGCGUCUGGUCAACGAGGUGUGCCAAAUUUUCUCAAAACGCAAGUCCUGGGCUGGGCUUUGCCGUGGCCUUGCAUCUGCACUGGAUCGAAUCCUGAGAAGACAGACAGUACCCCAAGGCGUCCCUCAAAGUAUCCCUCAAAACAUCCCUCAAAAUGUCCCUCAAAAUGUCCCUCAAAAUGUCCCUCAAAAUGUCCCUCAAGGCGUCCCUCAAGGCAUUCCUCUAGGAGUUCCUCUAGGCGUCCAUCAGGGCGCCCCUCAAGGUGACCCUCAAGGCGAACCCCAAGGAGCCCCCCGGGAGAUAUCCAGAGAGUCUCCCCGGGAGCCAGCGAUGGCGAAAUGGCCUAAAAUCUUUGUUUUUUGCGCAGGUAUAUUCUUUGAAAUAGCGGAUUGUCCAUUCAGAGCUAUGUACUUUAAUGAUACCCAAAGCCUGUUUUACCUUCGAUCGCACAUGCCACCGACGUCUCUACUUCGCGGUGCUUGUAUCUAA